AUGGCGUCGAGGGUGCCGACGUGGAGGGAGCGGGAGAACAACCGGCGGCGCGAGCGGCGCCGGCGCGCGGUGGCCGCCAACAUCUUCCACGGGCUGCGCGCCCGCGGCGGCUACGCGCUCCCCAAGCACUGCGACAACAACGAGGUGCUCAAGGCGCUCUGCGACGAGGCCGGCUGGACCGUCGAGCCCGACGGCACCACCUACCGCAAGGGUUCCAAGCCUGUAACAGCAGAAGGUACCAACCCGAUGGUCCGGUCGGGCUCCCCAAGCCCGUGCUCGUCGCACCAGGUGAGCCCGCGGGCCUCCUUCCCGACCUCCGGCACGUCCUCGCAUACCACGCUCGGCGGCGGCCGCGGCAGCUGCUACGAGGGCGGUUCCCUCAUCCCUUGGCUCAAGAACCUCUCCUCCGGCUCCGGGUUCGCGUCCUCUUCCAAGUUCCCGCGAUACUCGCCCCACUCGUACUACUUCAGCGGUGGCUCCAUCAGCGCGCCGGUGACCCCGCCGUCGGGCUCGCCGCGGCGCAUGCCCUGCCUCAACGCGGGAUGGGGCGAGUAUCCGAGUGCCCAGGUCCAGCCUCCAUGGGUCGGCGCCGGCGGCAGCGGCUACGAUGAUUACGCCUCUCUCCCCAACUCCACGCCGUCGAGCCCCCGCGGAGGCCAGGGCGUCGGUCCAGACCCGGCCGCCUGGCUCUCCGGCUUCCAGAUAUCGUCGGCCGGCCCGUCGUCUCCGACCUACAGCCUCAUGGCUCCUUCGAACCCCUUCCGAGUCUCCGGGGAGAUGGCAGCGGCCACCGCGAGCUCUUCGAGGAUGCGCACCCCGUGUCAGAGCGGGACGUGCUCGCCGGUGGCGCUGGCGGUCCAUGGCGAUGUCCAAAUGGGGGCCCGCGCGGAGGAUGACUUCGAGUUCGGGAGCGGCGGGAGGCCGGUGUCGGUGAAUGCGUGGGAGGGGGAGCGCAUCCACGAGGUGUGCGCCUCGGAUGAGCCUGAGCUGGACCUCACCCUCGGGCUCGGGAGCUCCAACACCCGCGCAAGCGCACUGAACUGAAUCAUCAAGGGAGAGAAGAGAUCGAUGGAAGCUACCGCCAUAGGAGUUUCGUCAGAUUUCCAUUUUGGCAGACUAUUUCCGUCCUGUUUACAGGAUCCGAGCUUCAGUUUUGCUAGAACUAUCGUCAAAUUUAGCCUAUCUUUUUGCGAAUUCUCUCUCAUUUUCUCUUUAUACUCUUCUUAAGAAGAAAACAUGGCAAGGGAAGGGAACCUGCAUGCUAUAUGCUGUGAAACUUGAUCAUAC